AUGCUACCGACCUUUCAAGUCCGUGGGCUUCGUUGCUGCUCGUCUGAUUCGAUCUCCGGAGCCGAAGAUGGUUGGGCCGACGUCCAGCUUGAUAAUGAAUCUCAGUAUGAGCAGCUUAUUCGUGAGCAUCCGGAGACAACUUUGAGUUAUGUGGACGAUGAUGAUGGCGAAAUUAUCACUGUCGGUUCAACGGACGAGCUUGUCGCACGCGUUGAUGAACUACAGCCGCUCUCGCCAGUCAUCUUUGACCUUUUAGUCUCGCCUUCUCAUCCAGAUUACGAGACCGCACUCAAACUAUGGAGGCAGAUUAUCCUACCCGAUAGUGAUGCUCCUGCAAAGGGAAAGGGCAAAGGAAAGGCAAGAGAGGAGGUAGAAGGCAUCGCUUCUAAUAGUGGUAAAUCAGUGGAUUUUAGCAAUGAUGGUACCGUGAGCCCGAAGGAUAAAGAUUCAGAAGUCAAAGAAGAACCCUCUCAAGAACCACUCCUCAGCAUGUUCGAAAAUGAACUUCAAAAGAUUUUCGAAGUUACGGCGGGUGUUUCGCCCCCCCCGACUGAGGCUGAAGCUACUCCUGCGCGCUCGCCUAGCCCUAUUUACAGUAUUCCACAGCAAUACCCAAGUGUAAUCCUUGGGCAGACUCUUCGUACCAUUGCUCAAAAUGUCGGGCGUGUUGCUAUCGAAAUUCGUAACGAUCUUCCGUCACAUACUCAACCAACUGUUGAGGCUCUCAACACAGCACUUCAUUCUGCCAUCGGUUCAUUUACUUCCCAACUGCAAGCGGUGGCUCUUGAGGCUGCUGCUGCCGCUCGAGGCGCGGCCCAAGCUACCAGGGAGAUGAAUGUUUCCGAGCUUGAGGCCACUGGACGAAGGAUGAAGGAAUUGGCUGAGACUGUUGGUCAUAUUGCUGUCCAAGGAGCUGGCAUUGCUAGAGAAGAGGUUGACAGGGCACUUGGUCAUGUUAGUGGACUUGGAUCGGUAAGUGGUCAGGCAGAAGAGGUUCCAGAUGAAAGUGAGGUCAGUACAAGUCUAGCCAAGGGAAAAGAGGUGGGGGAGGAGGUCGCGACAGAGGGAUCUGGCCCCGAAGAAAGGGUCAAUUCUCAAAACAAUCAGGCCAAUGAGGAUUCAGGAUCGACUAGCACUCGUAACGCCGUUGAUCCUGUGAACAUUCCCGCUCGUGGCGUAGAUGCUACAGUCCGUCAGUCUAAUUCAUCUCUGGACGCUUCGUCGGAUGAUGAAUUAGAUCUUCCUGGCGCGCUAUCACGCGGUGGAUACCGCCGUCGCCGUCCUAUUGAUCCCCUCCGACCCCAAGGUGGCCAUGUUGAUGGACCCGCAAGAAUUGGUGCAUACCCCCAUUGGGCGCCAGGACAUCAUAUGUUCCAUCCUAGACAUCCCAGACAUGGUAGGCCCGGGCCGCAUUAUGGUGGUCCUCACCAUGGCCCCCCAUCACCUCACAGUGGCCCUCAUCACGGUCCCCCACCACCUCAUGGCGGUCCCCACCAUGGCCACCACGGUGGUCCACCACCUCACCCAGAGUAUCCCGGAAUGCCUGGAUCUGGAUCAAACCAACACCCCGUACAUCCACCACCUCCCCCACCUCCCCCACCUCCCCCACCACCGCCACCACCACCUCAUGUUCGUCAAUACCUUGCUACCGCCCAUUCGGUCUCCCCACCACGGUCUUCAUACCCACUGCCGUCUGCGCCACCUCUACCUCCUUCUAGCUCUGGAUGGUGUGGAUCCAAUCUGUUCGAUGACAUCAUCAACCCAGAUAUGGUGGCCGAAAGUUCGGGUGCUAGCGCCGAGGCCCAGGCUGAGAAAACCGGCGCUGAACAAGUGAACAGAGACCAAGAAAAUGGUGAAAGCACCAGAAAUCCCCCACCUAUCCUUCCAUUUAUACGUCGCGCCCAUACAAUGUCCCACAGUAUACACACACGCCCCGCGGGCCAAGGGAGCAGGGAGCAAUGGCCUUCUCCCAAUUAUUCAGUUGGUAUCCCGUCAAUUCCCUCCGCUCAACAUGUGAUGCGUCGUUUCCCAUCUCUUUCGAGCUUUAAUCACUCCCCAGGUGUCCAAUCUGGAGGACUCAGGCCGCAAGCCUCAGUCCCGAACUUUUCUACCGAACGAAGAUUUACAACUGAAAUCCGAUCCCCCAAAGCCCCAUUGGAAGAAAAUAAAUCUUCGGUAGAUAUUGGGGAAAAUCCUUUUGCAACACCUCCAAGACAACCCUCACCGACUGUGCAGCCAACUGAUUUGGAUACCCGCAAUGUUAAAGAAUCGCAAUCAAGUUCACUCCUAGGCCAGUGGCCGUCGGCGGUGCUUAUCCCCCCUCCCCCUCCCCCUGCGCCGAUGGAUGCAUUUUCUCCACGUGACUUGCAUCGUGCGAACUCGAUGGGGUUUUUUGCUACCAAGGAAGCUAGAAGUAGCCUUUUGGGUAGUGAUCAGGGUGCCACUGAGACCAAUCCCUUUGCUGAACGCAGAAGGAGAAGGAAUAACAGAUUGGAAGAUAAUAUCACAGAAAACAAGGGUAGUGACUGGGAUUACUAUUGCCGCCCUACUUCCCAAGGAUCCUUCCCCCAAAAGCAGAAACAGGAAGAGCAUCUGCAGGAAAACUCUGGUUCUAGCAAUGAUAAUGAUGUGGAUGCGUGCGUUGCACGUCUACUUGAAAUGGGGUACGCUGAAGAUGAAAGUGAAAGUGCACUUGAGAGCCUGAGAGUCUACUCCCAGAUUGCUGAAGGAAGAGUUCACGAUGCCGUUGAGUUGUUGGAAGAGGAGAGGCAAGCUUGGGGCCAAAGAAAUUAG